AUGAGGUUCACCUAUGUCCUUGCUGGGUGGGAAAGGUCAACUCAUGAUGCGCUGAUCCUAGCUGAUGCAUUAGAGAGAGAUGAUGGGUUGAGGGUCCCCCAAGGAAAAUUUUACCUCGCCGAUGUUGGCUACGCAUUGCAACCUAGCUUCUUACCACCAUAUAGAGCUGUUAGGUACCACAUGUCAGAAUUUGAGGGUAGGAGAACUCCAAGCAAUGGUAAGGAACUAUUCAACCUUAGGCACUCAUCCCUCCGCACCACAGUUGAGAGAGCUUUUGGGGCACUUAAGUGCAGGCCAAUGUCUGAGGAGGAUGUGUUCUUUGGUUCCGCUGCUGCUGGGUUUGCUAGUGUUGGUCAGCUACUUGCUGGCCCUGGGGGUGCUGAUGGUCGUGGUGGUGCUGGUGGUCUUGGACAGGGGGGUGGUGUUGGUGGUCUUGGACAAGGGGGUGGUGCUAGUGGUGGUGCUCCGCGUCCUCCUAUGACGUGGACCAGUGCCACCUCUGGAUUUGUGAUGCAUCACAUGUGUGAGCUGAUUGGGACUGGUGUGAGGCCUGAGAAGGGCUUCAAGGAGGUGCAUGUGAACAAGGUGGCCAAGGCCCUCCCGGAGUGGACUGGGGGCAUGUCACCGCCACUCAAGUGUACAACCACCUGCGAGCACUACCUUGGCCAUUGCAAGGAUCACCCUAAAGACACUGAGCUGCUGAACAAGCCCAUUGAGCACUACGCCCAGAUGGAGGUCAUAUUUGGAGGGGGCAAGGCAACAGGUUGCUGGGCCAUGGGUUCUGGAGAGGCCCUAGGUGUGUUCUCUAGGUUCGGGGAGACAACGAAGAAGAAGGUGAACAAGCAGCAGCUGGUUGACCUGACUUUGACUGAGCAGCAGGUGGACCAGAAGGUGGUCAUGAAGCCUGCUGCCUCUGGGGAGGGUUCUAAGGCCCCUGCAUGCUGCUUUGGGAGCAAGAGGAAGAGGGUUGCCAUGUCCAAGGAGGAGGUACUUAUCCUCACCAAUAUGACAGAUGUUGUGAACAAUGUGGCAGCAACACUGAGGGAGACGGGGCCUGAGCAAGUGCACCCUGACCUCUACAAUGUUGUGAUGCUGACCCCUGGCUUCUUUGAGGAGGCCCUGAUUGUUGCUUUUAGUCACCUCCUGGACAACAAGUCUCAAGGCAAUGCAUUUUUCAAGAUGGACGACAGCCACCGCACCCUUUGA